AUGUGGCUGCAGCAGCGGCUGAAGGGGCUGCCGGGGCUGCUGUCCAGCAGCUGGGCGCGGCGCCUGCUGGCCCUGCUGGCCUUCCUGCUGGUCGCCUCCUGGUACCUGGGCAGCGGCGGCGCCUGGCCGCGCCUGCUGCUCCGCCUGCGGGCCGGGGGCGGCGCGGGGGCGGCGGCGGGGUCCUGCCUGCAGGCCGAGAGCCGCGCCUGGCGGAGGGCCGGCGCCCGGCUGCUGGGCGGGGGGGACUCGGGCGGGCCCCCCGGCGGGGCGCCCCCGGGGCUGGUGGGCAACGGGCACCUGCUGCUGGACGCCCAGGCCAACCGCCUCUGGGUGGUCCCCCCGGGGGGAGCGGCCCCCGGCCCAGCCUGGCCCACCGACUACGGGCCCCUGGCCCAGCUGCGGGGCCCGGCCGGGGCUGAGAGCGAGGCGGGGGACUCGGCCCUGCUGCCCAAGGAGGGCACCCUGCGGAGGGUCCGCUGCGUCCAGCCUGGGGGUCCCGGCGGGGGCUGCCUGACCGUCCGGGAGGAGCUGCUGGCCCACCGGGGCCGCCCCCACCUCUACCUGCAGCGCCUGGCGGUGGACAACCCCACCGACCGGCUGGUGGCCCUGGAGCUGGCCGGCCCGGGGUCAUCCUCCUCUUCCUCCUCCUCUUCCUCGUCCUCCUCCGGCCGCUCCUUCGCCACCAGCCUGGAGAAGGCGGGCGACCGGCAGUUCUUCCUCUCCUCGGGCCGGGCCCUGCAGCCAGCAGGCGAGAAGCUGGUGCUGGUGGUGGUGGCGGCCAAGAAGCUGGUCAACCGGGUGCAGGUGGCGCCCCGCUCGCGCUUCGAGGAGACGCUGGUGUCGGUGGUGCUGUGCUCGGAGCCCAUCGAGGCCGCCCAGCUGGACGAGACCUUUGGGCGGCUGCGGGAGGCGGCCAAGAGGGAGAUGAUGGAGGUGCUGCCCCUGCGGGCCGAGGAGCUGGUGCAGGAACACCGCCGGGCGUGGGACGAGCUCUUCAUCUCAGGUGUGGAAAUGCGCAAGAUCACCGAUGCGCACACCCCUUCCAGCGACACCGUCAACAUGACGCUCUACUUCGUCCUGUCCACCACCCCGGCUCCCCUCCUGGACCCCCACAUUAGCCCCGAGGAGAAGGAGAGAAUGGAAGCCACUUUGAACUAUGCGGAUCACUGCUUCAGCGGCCACGCCACCAUGCACGCCGAGAACCUGUGGCCCGCACAGCUGUCCUCCGUCCUGCACGUCUUGCAGCUCUCCAACCUGUGGAAGCUGACGCUCCAGAAACGCGGCUGCAAGGGGCUGGUGGCCGCCGGGGCCCACGGCCUCAUGCAGGGGAUGGUGCUCAGCUUCGGCGGGCUGCAGUUCACCGAAAACCACCUGCAGUUCCAGUCGGACCCGGAAGUCCUUCAGAACAGCUACGCCUUGCGGGGGAUCCAUUACAACAAGGACUUGAUCAACCUGGCCGUGCUGCUGGACGCCGAGGGGAAGCCCUUCCUGCACGUCUCCGUCAAGUUCCAGGACAAGCCGGUGAAGCUGUACGCCUGCGAGGGCGGCUGCUCGAACGACCCCGUGGAGCUGACCUCGGAAGUGCACGGCCACACGUUCCCCGUCAUGGUGACCCAGCCCAUCACACCUCUGCUGUACAUCUCCACCGACCUGGUGCACCUGCAGGAUCUCCGCCACACGCUCCACCUCAAGGCCAUCUUGGCCCACGAGGAGCACAUGGCCAAGCGCUACCCGGGCCUCCCCUUCCUCUUCUGGUUCAGCGUGGCCUCCCUCAUCACCCUCUUCCACCUGUUCCUCUUCAAGCUCAUAUACAACGAGUACUGUGGGCCGGGGGCCAAGCCCCUCUUCCGGAGCAAGGUCUAAGCCCCCCCCCUUC